AUGAGUGCCCCAUUAGUUCCCAACAAGUCAUGUUACAAUUUAUUACAGACCAACAGAAAUGAGAUGAAAAAUAACAAUGAACACAUGGUGUCUGUAGGAGACACAAAUGCCAAUCAAAUCACAUCAGAUGUCAGAACCCCUGGAAUCACAAUAAGGACAAACAAUAUUUCAGGAGAAACUGGUCGCUUACACACCGGUAAGCAAGAAACUAUCGGACAGUUAGAUUCGGACAGGAACAACUUUCAGGGCCCCACUGGUGAAUCAGAGUUUAUUCUGCCUUCUACCAUCAGCAAGAAAUUGCAUGCAGAUUGUAGGCCUGAUGGGCUUAAGGACACUUCAAAGCUAGUCACCAUUAGCCGGGGACACAGCUUGUCCAAUCUGAGGAUCAACACAAGUGAUAACUUUUCAGUGGUACUUUCAAAAAGUGAUGCUGAUCUUAUUCAGCAUAUGUCAAAGGAAAAAACACUUAGAAGGAUUGAGCCAGAAGGAAUAAAACGCCUUUCUUUGGGGAGAUCAAGAAAACUUAUGGCUAAAGCAGAAACUUUUGAGAAAGAAUUUGUUGGUCGUGUAUCAGGUAAACGCUUGCUCUCUGUAUCUUUAGAUUCCAUCAACACUUCACAUCAUUUGAGUGGGGACAUGGAAAAAUCUCAGAAGACAUCAGCAGACCAUUUUUUAGGUAGGGUGUUCCAUCCAACUGAUAGCGUCUCAGAGGGAAACAUUGUACAAUAUUCCAAAUGUUCAUCUACCUCAGAAAUGGAUAAAGCAAAUGGCCCAGCCAUACAAUCAGAUGUGGAUAAAGUACCAAAUAUCAACAAACAAGGCACUCCACAUCCUGCUGUUGUUGACCUCCAUUUAACUGUUAAAUCCAAUGAAACUUGGAAAUCAGAAGCACAAAUUGACCAUCAGAGUGAUAAGAGAGGAAAAGGGGAGGUGAAAUGUCCUCUGUCUUCACAGUCUAAGCGUGCGUGUGAGCAAAAAAUAAACAAGAUUAUGUUAUUUGAAUUUCUUGGAUGUCCGGCAGAAGAAAAUAACGUGGUACAGAAUCAAAAGGUUGUGGGGUCUGAAGUACACAAGACAAAAUUACAUCAGUUGCCAAAAGAAGAUCCAUUUUUAAAUGAGGGAUCUGAUUCUAUCAAUGAAAGUCUGAUAAGUGAUUAUGGGUCUCCAGAUUUAGGAAAAGGAAAUAAUCAUAGUAACAGCAAGGCAAAAAGCAAAGUGAAUGAGGAAUAUAGAGCUGUAAAAGGGGUAGAUUCUGUUUUGGCUCUUGCUGAUGAUGCUGUACAUGUUGGUAAACUGACACCAACAAGGAAUGAAAACCUAUAUAUUACUAACACAAGCUGUAUUCCAGUGGUUAAUGGGCAUAUGUCUUUUAUGCAUAGUGUGAAUGUGACAGACAGCAGAUAUCUGAAUAACUGUGAAAAUAAACAGAUUCUAGUCAAAGAACCUAGUGAAGAUGUUGUCAUUGUCCAUUCCGAUUUGGAAGAUCCAAACCCACAAAAUACAGAAAAUAUCUCGGACAAUCGUUUAAGCAUCCAGGACAGUGAUUCAGAAAUCACAAGUUCCUCAGUUCAGAACAAAAAGACGAUUAACAAAAAGAAAGAUCAUUCAAAUGAUGUACUGGAGAGCUAUAAAAUAAUAGCACAAAAUGAUACCUUUUUAUGUCCCCCAACUCCUUUGCGCCCUGUGACUGCCAGUAGCCACAGCACACUGUCAAGCAGCAGUUUAAAGGAACUUUAUGCACUUCAUGUUGACAAGCUGCCAUCUUCUGCAACCCUCCCUCCCACUGACAGCACUCAGUUGUUUAGCCUAUCCCCUAAAGUGCCUAAUAAAACUACCUGUAACAGUGGGAUCCCCAAGCCCAUCCUUAUACAUUCCAAGGGGCCCCAAGCAGCCAACUAUAAUAGUGAGAACGAGUAUAUGGAAAAGCCUGAAGAUAAGCCUGAGACAAAUCCAUACAUCGCCAAGCCCAAACACGUGAGACCUAAAAUAAUAACUUACAUUAGGAGGAACCCUCAGACGAUCAGCCAGCUUGACCAUUCUUUCCCCCCACCUGCACUGUCUUGCAUGCCCCCUGCUUGUGGGUUGCCAGUGGCAACUGAACAGAAAACGUUAAAUGAUGGGGAUAUUAAACCAGGCAAUGUUCUCUAUGAAAAAUUUAAAACUGACUUUCAGAAGCCUCAAAUUUAUAGUUCUGGACUUGUAGUAUCUGGCAUUAAAUCCUCGGACCACCAUUUUGGUCAAAUGGGUGAAAAGUUUCUCCAGGAGGUUGGAGAACGGCCUGCCAAAGACGAUUUUUGUCCUCCACCAUAUGCUCACUAUGAGGUGCCUCCAAGCUUUUAUCGCUCAACAAUGAUUCUCAAACCCCAGUUAGGACUUGGUGCUGUUUCCAGGUUGCCAUCUGCAAAAAGCAGGAUUUUGAUUUCCAGUCAAAGAUCUUCAGCCAGCUGCAUCCAUCCUCAAGCACCAAUACCCAGUUCAACGAUAUUCCAUCCUGAUACUUCAGUUGAUAUUAAAAAAGGCCCAAGUCCAAAUGCUACAAAAUCUAAUCUUCCAAAACCAUGCCAGUCCGGACUCCGCCCUCCUGGUUAUUCACGGUUGCCAGCUGCUAAACUCGCCACUUUUGGUUUUGUCAGGAGCUCCAGUGUCUCCUCAAUCUCAAGCAAAUCAAACGACAGAGUCCAGAGUGAUCAAAGCAAGACAGCCAACCACAGCAGAGAAAAAAUUCAACCAAUGAAAUGUUCAAGCCUUGGAAAUGAAGAGCAAAUCAUUCUUAAGGCAGCUGAACCAUCUAAAGAAGCACUUAAGGGGGCUAGUAGAAAUUCACUGCAGGCAUCAAAUAGCACACCAGUUGCCCGCAGGAGUUUACUUCCAGCACCGAAGACAGGCACCACACCAGCUGGGUCAAAAAAAGAAGGACAGAAAGAUCAAGAGGCCAGCAGACCUACCAUUUCAUCCCCCAAGAGACUGGUAGUAUCCGCUACCAAGCUCCAUUCACCAGGACAUCCCAAGCAAAGGACAUCUGUUCCAAGAAAUGGAUUUUCUGCAAAACCAGAUUUACAGACACGAGAGCCUGAACGGCAAUUCAUCCAGCAAAUGAAGGAUAGGUGUGAUGAGCUAGCCAGAAAACUCAAUUGUGUCCAAGAAGAACUUAAGAGAACCAGAUGUGGCUUUGAUGUCUUUGUUAUAACAACCAAGUAUUUCUUUCAGAAGAAUGAAAGUGCCUUUGUGAAAGAAAAGGAGCUCUCAGCUGAGCUUGCAAAUGUCAAGGAUGAAGUUGCCCUCAGUACAGGGAGAUACGAGACACUACAAAAAGAGAAGGAGGAGAUGGAAAAGAAGUUUGAGGGAACUGUGCAGAAAUUGAGUUGGCAACAUGAGGAAGACCUCCAGGCACUUGAAGAACGCUUGCAGUUACAGUACAAUGCUGAAAUAGAGCGUUUGCAAGAGAAUCAUCAGGUCCAGCUUGACAGAAUCAAGAGUCAGCAUCAAGAACAGGUGGAAGACAUUGCAGCAACUCAGGAAGUGACAGUAUUAGAGAUGGAAAAUAGCCAUGCAAUUGCCAUUGCAGAACUUCAAGAUGAAUAUGAGUGCAAAGUUCAAGAAAUGAAGUCUGUUCAUGAGCAGGAAAAAAGAGAACUUGAAGAAAAUUUUGAAAAGUUGCGCUUGUCACUCCAGGACCAGGUAGAUACUCUCACUUUUCAAAGCCAGUCUCUAAAGGACAAGGCAAAACGAUUUGAAGAGGCAUUGAAGAAAAACACUGAAGAACAACUAGAGGUUGCACUGGCUCCAUAUCAGCAUUUAGAAGAAGAUAUGAGGAGCCUAAAGCAGGUUCUGGAGAUGAAGAAUUUACUCAUUCAUCAACAAGAAAAGAGGAUCAUGGAGCUAGAAAAGCUGGCAGAAAAGAACUUAAUUCUGGAAGAAAAAAUCCAAGUACUUCAACAACAAAAUGAAGACCUCAAAGUCAGGAUUGAUCAGAACACUAUGGUGACAAGACAGUUAUCUGAAGAAAAUGCUAAUCUCCAAGAAUAUGUUGAGAAGGAAACCAAGGAAAAAAAGAGGCUGAGCAGGACAAAUGAAGAGCUGCUGUGGAAACUGCAGACAUCAGAACCCAUGAGCCCUGUUAAGCUAUCUCCAACAUCUCCCACACACAUUUAUCGCUCUUCAUCGGGACCCCCAACUCCAGCUAAAGUCUGCACAGUACCAAGAUGACCGACCGGUGCAGCUAUUUAAGUAGACUUGGCCCAGUUUAUGGAGAAUUGCAGUCCAAGCAAGUUGUUAUGAACUGAAGUGAAAGCAUAUCCU